GUUAAACCAAAAGAAGAAGAAAAAACCAACAAUUUAAUAGUGUCAGCUUCUUAGCUUGUUGUAAAAGAUACAAAACAAAACCAAACAAAGAUGAAACAAAACCUUUUCCAAUCUGUUUCCAACCACACCCCAUGUUAUUAUUUCUUUAUUCACAAACUGCCCAUAUUUUGUGACAUCUCUGAUUUUCUACGUUUUUUCUAUUGAUUCUCCUUAUCACAGUUUGUCUAAAUUGUUGUCUUUUUUUGUCAAUCACAGUGCAUUGUCACUGAUUCUUCCAAGUUCAGAUCUGUUAAAAAAAUUCUCUUUCUGUGUUUUUUGUUGAAGAUUCAUUGACUUCAGCAAAUAUUUGAGGUGGGUUUUCUUUUUUUCAACUUUUUUUUUUGUGUCCUAUGAUGUUGAAAAUGAAAAUUCACAUGACCCAGUUGGUUUUUUUUGCUUAGUUUUUUUUUUUUAAAGGUUUCAACUUUCAUAAACCCUUUUCUUUUGGGUUAUUGAGUUUGAUUUCUUUGUACAAAAAUCUUAGAAACCAUGUUGUUUAUGUGAUUGGAUUGUUCUUGUUUUUGGCCUUUUUCAAAUUUUGCUUCUUUUUGUUGAAAAGUUGAUUGUUGGGUGAAGAAGAAUCAUGAUGGGGAAGGUUAUUGUGGAGGGACUAUUGUUUGUGUUGAUUUUGAUGUUUGUGAGCAAAAAUGUAGAGGCUCAACAAAAAUCAAUUCUUAUAAAUUGUGGUUCAAAUUCUUCUGUGAAUGUUGAUGGUAGGAAAUGGAUUGGUGAUAUGGCACCUAAUAACAAUGUUACCCUUAGUUCUUCUCCUGGUGUUGUUGCUUCCACUGAUGGAUUAAGUGGAAAUUCAAUCUAUGAGCCACUUUAUAAAACAGCUAGAAUUUUCACAGCUUCUUUGAAUUACACUAUCAAAGAUGUUCAUGGAAACUAUUUUGUUAGGUUUCAUUUAUGUCCCUUUGAGAUUGUGGACCACAAUGUGAAUGAGUCGUCUUUUGGUGUUGUUGUCAAUGGUAUGAAACUAUUGUCGGAGUUUAAUGUUCCGGGUAAGAUAUCUGAAAAGAAUGUGAACCUGCAGAAUUCUGGAAAGAAUUCGAGUUCGUUCUUUUUGAUCAGAGAGUAUAUUCUGGAUGUCAAUGAUGGUAUGCUCUUGAUUGAGUUUCUUCCAAGUGGAAAUUCGUUUGGCUUCAUCAAUGCCAUUGAGAUUGUUCCCGUUGUUGGCGAGCUUUUUGAUGGUUCGGUUGGUAAAGUUGGCGGUGGAAACUUGAAUUUGACUGGACACGGGAUGGAGACUAUGUAUAGGUUAAAUGUUGGUGGCCCUGAGAUUCAAUCCAAUCAGGAUCCGGAUCUUCGGAGAAUUUGGGAAGUUGAUUCUAGCUAUAUGGUCACUGAAAACGCCGGUGCAGCGAUUAAGAGCAGCUCUAAUAUUACAUAUGCUUCUGCGAAUGAUACUUCAGUGGCUCCUCUCCUUGUGUAUGAAACUGCAAGGGCAAUGUCAAACACAGAAGUCUUGGACAAAAGAUUUAACAUGUCAUGGAAGUUUGAAGUAGAUCCUGAUUUUGAUUAUGUUGUCCGGUUACAUUUCUGCGAGCUGAUGUAUGAUAAGUCGAAUGAGAGAAUAUUCAGGAUCUACAUAAACAACAGAACAGCUGCGGAUAAUGUUGAUGUUUUUGUUCGAGCAGGAGGGAAGAAUAAAGCGUAUCAUCAGGAUCAUUAUGAUUCCGCAUCAUUGAGGAUGGACACACUUUGGGUUCAACUAGGUCCUGAUACGGCUGCUGGUGCUGCGGGAACUGAUGCUCUCUUGAAUGGACUAGAGAUUUUUAAGCUUAGCAGAAACGGGAAUCUUGCCUAUGUGGAGAAAUUUGACUUGGCUGGGAAAUCGGGAAGCAGUUCAAAAGCAAAAGUUCUUUGGAUUGGUGUAGGAGCAGGUAUUGCUUCUGUAGCUAUAGUUGCAUGUGUCGGUGUCUUUGUUUUCUGUUUCUGCAAAAGAAGGAGAAAAGAAUCAAGUGAUACCAAAAACAACUCUCCUGGUUGGCGACCGAUAUUCCUUUAUGGAGGGGCUGCCGUAAACAGCACUGUAGGUGCCAAGGGAUCAACAGGAAAUCAAAAGUUAUAUGGUACUGUCACCUCAACAGGAGCUGGUAAGCGGUUUACAUUGGCAGAAAUCAACGCUGCAACAAAUAAUUUCGACGACAGUUUGGUCAUCGGAGUUGGAGGCUUUGGUAAGGUGUAUAAGGGAGAGGUUGAUGAUGGUGUCCCCGCUGCAAUUAAGCGCGCCAAUCCACAAUCUGAACAAGGUCUGGCCGAAUUUGAGACAGAAAUUGAGAUGCUCUCAAAACUAAGACACAGACAUCUUGUGUCUUUGAUUGGUUUCUGUGAAGAGAAAAGUGAAAUGAUUUUGGUUUAUGAGUACAUGGCAAAUGGAACUCUAAGAAGUCAUCUAUUUGGGAGCGAUCUCCCUCCACUAACUUGGAAGCAGCGUCUUGAAGCGUGCAUAGGUGCUGCAAGGGGACUUCACUACCUUCACACAGGAGCCGACCGUGGAAUAAUUCACCGGGAUGUCAAGACAACCAAUAUAUUGUUAGACGAGAAUUUUGUAGCAAAAAUGGCUGAUUUCGGUUUGUCAAAAGACGGUCCUGCUUUUGAACAUACUCAUGUUAGCACUGCUGUGAAAGGAAGUUUUGGCUAUCUCGAUCCGGAGUACUUCAGAAGACAACAAUUAACCGAGAAAUCAGAUGUUUACUCUUUCGGAGUUGUUCUUUUCGAAGCUGUUUGUGCUAGAGCUGUGAUAAACCCUACAUUGCCUAAAGAUCAAAUCAAUCUUGCAGAAUGGGCAAUGAGAUGGCAAAAAGAAAGAUCACUUGAAAAAAUCAUUGAUCCACGUCUUAAUGGAAACCAUUGUCCGGAAUCGUUGUCUAAGUUUGGGGAAAUAGCUGAAAAAUGUCUCGCUGAUGAUGGUAAGAGCCGCCCGACCAUGGGAGAGGUGUUAUGGCACUUGGAGUAUGUCUUGCAGCUGCAUGAAGCUUGGCUCAAUAGGGACAACAAUAGCACAGAAAAUUCCUUCUCUGGUAGUCAAGCUUUGAGUGGUCUAAAUGAUGGAAGAGUUGAGGUUGCACAGGAGCAUUCAAAUCAAGAUGAAGAGGUUGAUUUGGAUUCUAAAAAUACAACUGGUGUAGUCCACAGCAGUGUGUAAGAGUCUAAGAAGUGAAUGCUGCAAUUUGAAGAAUCAUGACCUUAUAUUAUCCUCUACAGAUUCUUUCUAUUCGUUUUAUUAAAUUCAAGUUUUUUAUUAUUACUAUUACUACUGUUUUUAGUAUCUCAUUCUUGUAUACAUAGUAAUGGAUUUUUCAAACAUUGUCACAAAAAAAUGUUAAUAUUUGUAAUAUGCACUGCUUUUGCGUUGAGUAGCAACCAACUGUAUUAUUACUUACUGGGAUCUUUUUUCUCAAAAGUUCAUAUCAAAAGCAUCAUCAGCCACUUCUGUAAAGAGAGAUAUAUUGUGAUAGCUCUUGCUAGCCAAGCCCCUUGGGGCUAUAUAUGUGUGUUUUAAGGUCACAGAUACACACAUUUAACAAAGUGAAGGGAGUCAUAAAAAUUUAUAACUCAUCAGUAAACCAUGGAGAAGAAAUCACUAGCAGGCUUGUUUCCUCUUCCUCGUUCUCUUUGUUGCACAUAAGGCAUUUUUCUUUAUACACUUUUUAUUAAUGGUUAUAUGUCUGUAAAAAAAAAAAAAUGGAUGCAUAAUGUUACAUAUUCACCAACUUUAAGACACGGUUCUUGUAAAUGGAUCCCUCUAUUUGCCAUUCACCCAUUUGACACCCCAUCAUAUAUGGUGAUUGGUAGUGGUCGGCCAGCGGCAGAGUCCUUCACCGCACGACGGGAGGCGGCUGAACUCCGGUCUCACAAUGGACGGUGGCCAUACUUUUGAUAUAUACACAUUUGAUUUGACAUAAAAAAUAUAUAGUCAUUCUUGUAUAUUUAUCGAAAAAUGUGGUGAUUGAAGCUAUCUAAACAUAAAUAUCUUAUUAAUGAUGAUACUUAUCAUUGAUCCACAUCUUAUAGGACUCCAUUGCCUCGAAUCAUUGUCCAAGUUUGGAGAGAUAGCCGAAAAACGAUUUGUCACUGAUGGUAAAAGCCGGCCUACCACGGUAGAAGUUUGGCUCAACAUGGACAACAACAGCACCGAAAAUUCCUUCUCUGGUAGUCAAGGUUUGAGUGGUCUAUUAAAUAGAAGAGUUUUAAGUUGUAGAGGAGCAUUCAAAUCAAGAUGAAGAGGUUGAUUUCGAUUCUUAAAAUACCGCUGAUUUAUUCCACAUGAGUGUGUAAGACUCUAAGAAAUGAAUGCUGCAAUUUGAAGAAUCAUGACCUUAUAUUAAAUUCAAGUUGUUUAUCAAUACUGUAUUUAGCACCUGUUUCUUGUAUACAUUUUUCAAACAUUUUGUCACAAAAAAAAUGUUAAGAUUUGUGAUA